AUGGCCGACUCCAACCCCGACUCCAAACCCUGGCAGAAGAAAGCCGACCUAAUCCAGCGCGGCGACCGCUCCCCCACCCCCUGGGGCACCCUGACCUUCGUCGGCCUGCGCCUCCUAGACCUCCCUCUGCAACAUGCUCUCCUCGCGCCCGCCGGUCUCGGCAGCGCCCUGCUAGCCCGCGCCGGCAUCACCAGCGCCGUAGGCGCAUCCGCAGCCGCCCUCCUGCACACCGGGAUCCCGUUCCUCGACGCCCUGGGCCACCCGACCAGCGCCCUGCUCUUCGUCUUCGCGUGCGGCUCCGCCGCCAAGCAGAUCUACUGGCAGACGGUGCUCUCGUACGAGUCCUUCCCGGCGGGUGCCGCGGCGGCUGUCGCCCUGUACAACACGGUGAUAAACAGCGCCAACGGCAUCCUAUCCCUCGCGCCCGCCACCUCGUCCCUGUUCUCCCAGCCCCAGAUCGCCGUCUCCCUGCCCUUCGUGACCACUCCCGUUAGCAUCCCCCUCAGCACCCUCCUCGGCCUGUCCAUGUACGUCUUCGGCCUGGCCCUGGAAACCGUCUCCGAGGCGCAGCGCAAGGCCUUCAAGGACGCCCCCGAGAACAAGGGCAAGGUGUGCAAGGUCGGCGUGUGGCGCUGGGCCCGCCACGUCAAUUACCUCGGCUACUCGCUCUGGCGCGGCGGGUACACCAUGGUGGCCACCGGCUGGAUCGGCGGGCUCCUUAUGAUGUCCUGGCAGAUGUGGGAUCUGAGCUACCGUGCUGCGGGCGUGCUCGACGAGUACUGCACCAACAAGUAUAAAGAGCAAUGGGCUCAGUUCAAGCGCGAGGUGCCGUACAAGAUUCUCCCAGGAAUCUAUUAG